GCAUUGUCCAUGACAAGCUCCCGAAUGCGUGCGAUCAGUCAAGAGCUGCGGAAAGGCCUGCACUGCAUAAACGAGCUUGAGGAACAAUCUCUUUGGCACAAUUACUCCUUGAACCAUUAUAUUGUGCACGACCGCAUGCCCGGGCGUAUUCGCACGCACGCGAAGCACAAACCCUGGCAUCCAAGCCAGAAUGAGUCAGGCUGUCCACUGGAGUCAACGGCUCUGGUAUCUUAGCUCGUUGCUUGGCAUACUUCUACUAUGCGCAGUGCCCGGGGCGAGUUGUGACUGCUCCUCGUAUCGCCAACUUUCGCAAACUUGGAAGGAUUGAUCGCACUUUCUUUCUGCCGGCUGCUCUGCAUCGUCUCAAUAUUGCGCGAUACGCCGGCCUGUAUCUGCGAUCCUGGCACAGAGCAAUGUCUGCUCGACCCAAGCCAAUUUCAGCUGCCAAUAGCGAAAUGUCAACAUCGUCGAGAAAUAGCGCAACGCUUGAUCCUGCGACAUUGGCACCAGUGGAAGCAUCAAAGCGACUUGCAGCACACAAGGCGGUCGACGACCAUUUCCCAAAGGACGCAAAAGUCAUCGGCAUUGGCUCAGGCUCGACAGUCAUCUAUGCGGUAGAGCGUAUCCUCAUGCGUGACGACACGUCACAAAUUACAUUCAUACCCACUGGCUUCCAGUCCAAAGAGUUGAUAACGGGUGGUCGCCUGCGUCUCGGAGAGAUUGAUGGAUUCCCUGUCAUUGACGUCGCAUUUGAUGGUGCCGAUGAAGUAGAUGCCAAUCUUCAAUGUAUCAAAGGCGGCGGUGCUUGUCUUUUCCAGGAAAAGCUCGUAGCCUCAUGUGCCAAGAAGUUUGUCAUUGUUGCAGAUUACCGCAAGAAUUCCAAGCAGCUCGGCGAGAAGUGGGCUCAAGGGAUUCCGAUCGAGGUGGUACCGCUUGCGCAUGCUAAAGUCAUUCGAGACUUGCUUGAGAUGGGCGCGCAAGAGCCUGCAUUGCGUAUGGGAGGUAAAGCCAAGGCUGGACCAGUUCUGACUGACAAUGGCAACUUCAUCAUCGAUGCUCCGUUCCCCCUUGGCAAAGACCCCAAAACGCUCGAGCACGACAUCAAGCAACUUGUGGGUGUUGUUGAAUGUGGCUUGUUUGUUGGCAUGGCUGAGGUGGCCUACUUUGGGAAUGAGGAUGGCUCGGUUGAUGUGCGCUACUCAAAUGGCAAGACGCAGCAUCAAGAUGAUAUUGCGCAAGAGAGCGCGCAAGUGCUCAAGGCGGAAGAAGCACCAGAGCUGCGCGAGCCGCGUUGGAAGGAGUACGACCGAUUCGAGCUUCGUCGAUGA